UUAAACCUCACACCAGACGCACAAUAGCUCACACCACCAUCUUACCAUAAAUACAGAAUAAGACUUCAGUGCAAUCCAAAGGAGACUCAGACAAUGGAGGCGAUGAAGAAGAAGAUGAGAUUACCUGAGCGCUGGUUUCUGGUAUUCAUGAUCUCUCUCUCCGCUUUGAUUUCUGGAUCCGCCGGUGCGGCGUCGUUAGAAGACCAAUGCAACAAAGAGUUCACCAAGGUGUCGGCGUGCCUGGCGUUCGCGACGGGGAAAGCGGCGACUCCAACGAAGGACUGUUGCAGUGCUGUGUCGGAGAUAAGAGAGAGCAAGCCGGUGUGCUUGUGUUAUUUCAUACAACAGACGCACAAUGGGAGUGCGGCGGUGAAGAGUGUGGGGAUUCAGGAGGCGAAGCUGCUGCAACUGCCUUCUGAUUGCAAGCUGGCUAAUGCGAGUCUCAGUGACUGUCCGAAGCUUCUGAACAUUACUGCAAGCUCGCCAGACUACAGCAUCUUCACAAGCAAUUCUACAUCAACUGCUCCGGCCAGUACUUCGACGGGGACAUCAUCGGGGGCGAAAGAUGAUGGAAGUAAUGCAGAUAAGUAUGCGCCAAGCCUUGCUGGUACAAUGGCAAUUGCUGUGGCCAUCUUUUUUUCUAUGCUCUCCCAGCAGGGCCUGCCUCCACAGGCUGGUGAAGGUUUCUUCUUCGGCUAAAGCUAGUAGCCAGGCUUAAUUAGUGAGGUUUCGUUUUUUAGUUUCUUCCCUGGAUGUUUUCUCAACCUUCAUGACUUCCAAUUAUUAAACUAUCUUUGCAGUGUAAGCGAUUUAUUCUAUGCUCCUAUUUAAGAUCUCAUGCUCUUUUUUUU